GCCGAUUCAUAUGUUAGUUGAAUAGCGACCGUCGUGCGGAGCGUACGCGCGUCACCCUCCCGCCGUCUCCUACGAACCCGAACACGUAUUUGCACCCCGAACGAACUAUGAGGAAUCAUUCACAAAUAUAAGUGCUUUAUUUUUUUUUUUAUUCACCUGUGAAGUGACAAGUUGACGAUGGCGUGGUUUUUAUGUGUAUUAUUGUGCGCGUGCGCCGGUGUAAUGGGGUUUAAUGUUGAUAUACCCUCAAGGGUGGUUUACACUGGCGAAUCCAAGUCUAUGUUUGGUUUCACUGUGCAAUCACACGUGGAAGGUCAAAGAAAAAGCGUGCUGGUGGGCGCACCAGAAGCGGAGCCCUACCACGUACCGAACGUGACGAGGCCCGGCGCGGUGUACCGCUGUGACACCACCCGGGGUUACGGGUACCGGCCCCUGCAGUCCUGCACGCUUAUGGACUUCGACAAGGUUAAAUAUAACAACGAGGACAGUCACCGCAAUCAGAUCGACCAGAAGUCGUACCAGUGGCUGGGAGCCACCCUCAGCAGCAGCGGUAGCAACGGUCCCAUUGUGGCAUGCGCGCCUCGCUUCGUCUCUUUCGUGUCGCACAAACUGAAUCAGCGUGAUCCAGUUGGCACGUGCUUCAUCGCCAAGACCUUGGAUGCUGAUCGCGUGGAGGAAAUCUCGCCAUGUCGGACGAGUCACCGAAUCGUGGACGAAGCCAGUCACGGUCAACGUAAGUCAGGCGUAUGCCAAGCAGGCUUCUCAGCUGGUGUUGCCAAGGAUGGCACGCGGUUGUUUAUGGGUGCACCUGGAAGCUUCUACUGGCAAGGGCGAACGUUUUCGAUAGAUAUUACCAUCGAACACAACCAGUACUUUAUGUCAUCAAUACCAGAAGAAGGUAGGCUGUACUCCAGAAAUUCAACUUAUCUUAUUGGAACAACCGAAUCUAAUCCAAAGUUUGAUAAUUCGUACAUGGGCUAUUCCAUUACCGUUGGAGAUUUCGAAGGACCCGGCAUCCAAAGUGUUGCAGUAGGUGUUCCUAGAGGAGCUGACUUAAAAGGCUUGGUUGUAUUGUACACAUGGGAAUUGCAAGCCAUAAAGAAUCUGACUGGAAGUCAGAUAGGUGCUUAUUUCGGUUACUGUCUCGCCGCUGGUGACUUCGACGGCGACGGUGCUGAUGAUAUCGUCAUCGGUGCACCCAUGUUUGUAAAACCCAGGAGCGAUGGGUACGAGCACGGAAGAGUCUACAUCGUAUACCAAGGGAAAGACAGGUCAUACACAAAAUACCAUUCACGUACUGGGGAGGUGUCGAGGGGAAGAUUCGGUUUGGCUGUCACGUCACUGGGUGACAUCAACUAUGACGGAUUUGGAGAUAUCGCAGUUGGUGCUCCGUACGCUGGUGAGAAUGGUCGUGGUGUCGUCUACAUAUACCAGGGUAGCGUCGCCGGGAUCCGUGAGAAAUAUUCUCAGGCAAUUACAGCCGAAGAGGUCUCUCCGACGCUGUCCACCUUCGGCUUCUCAUUAUCUGGAGGCAUCGAUUUAGAUGACAACAAUUACCCUGAUUUGGUUGUCGGCGCUUACAAAUCGGACACUGCUGUGUUUUUCAAAUCUCGUCCGGUCGUCCAAGUGACGGCUGAAGUGAGUUUCGCUGGUGAAAAGUACAUAUCGCUCACUGAUAAGAAUUGUUUGCUGCCAAACGGCACCAGCGGCACUUGCGCCAACAUCAUGUUCUGUCUCACAUACAGCGGUGUCAAUGUCGACCAACAGAUCAACUUCGAAGUAACCGUGGAGCUGGACUCGAGGCAGAAGACUACGAAGCGACUGUUCCUGGAAAGCCGAGAGACGAACUAUACGACGCACAUUCUAGUCACCCAGAAACAACAUUCCUGCAGGAACAUCACCGCUUACCUUGAUGAAGAGAUACGUGACAAGCUAACUCCGAUAGAAGCGAAGAUGACCUAUCGCCUGAUAACGCAGCCGUCCGGUGACAUAGUGCCGCCCGUUCUUGACCAGACCGAGAGCAUCGUCCACACUGACUCGCUCAACAUACAGAAGAACUGCGGCCCCGACAACAUUUGUAUACCGGACUUGAGGAUGUUUGUCACCACCCCUGUCGCAAAAUACCUUCUCGGUUCUGGCGAGAAUAUCAACAUUGAUAUCAAAGUGGACAAUUCGGGCGAGGACGCGUUUGAAGCCGGUUACUACCUUGGUCUCCCUGCUGGGGUCACGUACGCCAAGAUGGAGAGGUUGGACAAGGACAACGCAGACGCACUGCCCAUAUACUGCUCCAUGAUGACCACGGCGCCGAGUGCGAACAGGACCUUGAAGUGUGACCUUGGCAAUCCACUGGCUAGUGGACAGAAAGUAAACUUCCGUAUAAUUCUGGAGGUGGACGCUCGCGUGAGGAAGCUGGUCUUCGACAUGGAGACCAAUUCGACCAACCCUGAACAGGGCACUAACUACGACAACGUCAAACACAUGAUCAUUGAUGUCGUGACUCGAGCUAUUCUUUCUAAUAUUGGAACAUCAGAUCCACCUGAACUCCACUACAAUGGCUCAUUGUACCAAUCGCAGGAUUUGAAGGACGACACCAAACUCGGACCACAAGUGAUACACAAAUAUAACAUCAAGAAUGAAGGCCCGUCUACUGUGAACGAGGCAGAAAUCAUUAUCAUGUGGCCAUACCAGACUCUUGAUGGAGAGAACCUUAUGUAUAUGCUGGUGCAACCACAGACGGUAGGCAACGUGAAGUGCGACAUAGCGAAACAUAUAAACCCAGAAGAAUUGUUCGUACAGACACCCUAUGCGUUCUAUCUUACCAAAGAGAAAGAAGCUAUGUUAUCUACCGAUCUUUAUAAGGAGUCUGAAAUACUUGGUAGUAGCGGCUAUUAUGGACAAGUGAACUGGGAUUAUAGUCAGUCUGGUGACAAUCAAGCUUCGGUUGGGCAAGGUGGUGGUAGCUUCGUAUCAGGGGGACAGUCUACCCAUAGGCAGUUCGGUGUUAAUCAGGGCUCCGGUGGACAGGUUACCGCUAGCAAUGGCCACACUUUCACAUUCAACAAGACAUGGGGCGAGUCUUAUGACCCAGGUUUGACAGAAGACGAACAAGAGCUGGUUAGAAGGAGAAUUGCUGCGAAAGUAGCAGCUGGAAGUCAGGCUAGUGAUUAUGGAAGUCACAGUAGUCAGGGUAGCUAUAACCAAGGCGGUUACAGUGGGGGAAGUCAUGCCCAAGGCAAUUGGCAGGUUGCCGAAGGUGAAGGUUACAAUCAGGGUGGGAAGAUCGUAAGAGUCAAAAACAGAACAAUUACAUAUGAUAAAGACGGAAAUAUUAUAUCACAGGUUGAAAGUAGUACUGAAUACGGAGAUUUGGGACAUGAGGGUGAAGCUGGAAGCUCUUUCCAUCUUUACGGUAACAGAGAAAACAACCAAGGAUCUAGUGGGAGCUACAGCCAUAACUAUGGACAAGGUUACUCUCAAGGAUCUGAACAUAGUCACGUGCAAGGAGGCAGCGGAUUUGCUCAAGGAUCUCGCCAAUAUAAUCAGGGCUCCUAUAAUAGUCGUGGUUCUGGACAAGGGUUCGGUCAUAGCUCGUGGGCUACAACUGAAACCGUCAAUUCUGAUGUCAUGAAGGCCGGUUCUUCGACUUACCACAGUAAUAGUGGCUUGACUGUCCUUGGUGAUGAGGAAGAAGACAAUAUCGGGGGAAUUGGAGCUUAUGCAGCUCAGGAUUCAAACAACGAGUUUAAAUAUGGAAUCGCUGAUGUUACAAAUAGUGGGGGUGGUGCAAGCUCUCAAAGUGGGAGUUACAGCAAUGGUGGUUAUGCUGGCGGCGUUUCAUAUCAGGGUGGCCAUGCUGGCGGUGGCAGUUACCACAGCAGUGGAGGUGCACAAGCGAGCAAUAGCGGCGGGUACUAUUAUUCUUCUUCUUCACAAUCAGGUGGUCAAUCCAGUAUGCACGCCGAGAGCAGCUACGGUUCAUCAGGCGGCAGGCGAGUAUACAGCAGGCGGCGUCGUCAAGAUAUGGUGGAUAAUCAGUUGAAAGAGGUGUUAGAAAAAUGUGAACAGAAAUACAAGUGUGCAGUCGUGAGAUGCAGGACUGGUGUCCUACUGAAGGAUCAGGAGAUCUGGCUCGCUCUGAGGUCCAGGAUCAAUGCUACAGUCUUAAACGAGAUCUCCAGGGAGCGCCCAGUCAAGCUAUCAACGCUAACAGCCGCUCGAGUCACAUCACUGCCAACAGUGGGCCGGCCGCAGGACCAGUCGUGGAAGAUAGCCGAAGCUAAUACUGUGAUCACACCGCAGCUGGAAGCGCUUGAAAGCGGUUCCAUACCGCUGUGGGUUGUGGUGUUAGCUGCUGUUAUUGGCGCUUUACUCCUGCUCUUACUAAUCUAUGCUUUAUAUAAGUGUGGCUUCUUCAAACGCAACCGCCCCUCGGAUCACGCCGAGCGGCAACCACUGAACAACCACGACGAGCACCUCUGAUAUCCGACCACCGACCUCGGGCUGACGAGCGACACGGGCGGCACCAGCACCGCUAGCGACUCCUCCACGGACGCCGCCAGCGACGUCACCAGCCGCGAUUCCACCAGCCUCGACCGGUACUGACGGAACAAAGUACUCGUCUAUAGAUUCUAGAUUGUUCUCCAACACUAACAUUUCCAAGUGUUGCAAGUAUUAAAAUAUUCGAAUUUCAAAAACACGCAUAAAUUUAUAUGGUAGAUGAUUCAAAUGUUGCAAGCAAUAAAAAUAUUCGAAUCUCGAAAACAUGCAGAGGUUAUUUCAUAUAGUAGAUGAAUAAUGAAUUGCUGAAUUCAUCUCUUAAAAUGAUACGCACAUAAUAAAUAAUCAUUGUAUUAAAAAUCAGCACUGCCCUUAUAUUGACGAAACUGGAAAAUGAAUUUGUGCAACCAUUUAGUAGUAUUGAAAUAAUAAAAUGAAUAUUCAUAGUUUUGUAUAACUUCUUGUAAUAUACCUCUGUCUAAAAUAUCAACAUCGAUAGGUAUCAUAAAAAAGCUAGUUUGUAGUGUAAAAAUUUAAAAUUUAAUGAAUGAACGUUUUUUUGUUCGAUAUAAUGUAGGUCUGUUACUGAUUUGAGUAUUUUAAGUGUUGCAAGUAAUAAAAAUAUUUGAAUUUCGAAAACAUGAGAGAUGUAUGGUAAUUUUAUUAUAACAGUGUUUCUAAAACAAUGGUAUAAAUUACUGACUUAUUCACUUCAAAUAUAGAGCAGACAAUGGUAAUUUUAUUAAAAAAAAUCAGAAUAAGCAAAGGAACAAAGCCGUGCAUAUAGCCAGAUUGGCUAUAUGUACGUACUAUAUGUACUUUCAAAUACUAUAAAUUAAGGAAUCUAUAGAUUGUCUUUGUUUAAGUUAAAAAUUAACUACAUAGCUAAUUUUUUGAGGUUGGUGGAAUUUACACAAUUUUCUAACGGAGAUUCUUUUAUAUUGGAUACUUAUAUUACAAAAACUGACAACUUGCAAUUACUAAAAAAAAAAAAAAAUCAAAUUGUACACAAUAAAAAAAAAUAGUAUAAAGACGUAUAAAUAUUCCAGCUGGUGCGAUAGUGCCUUACUCGAAGAAAUUAGUGCCUUAAACUUUUUUAGGCAUUAAAAAAGUUUAAUAGGUAAAUUUUUCACGAUAUUCCCAAGCUGUAUAUAAAAUAUUAUUUCGUUGUAAUAUAUUACUAGUCACGAUAUUAAAUACAAUUAUUAUUAAACUUGUUGGGUCGCCAUACUAGUAAAUAUUUAAAAUAAAAGCGAAAAAGUAUAUGUGAGAAGGGAUAAAUCUCAAAGUGUGAUACUGUAAAAAGUGUGUCUAUUAAAUGUAUGGAAGUGUAGAUUGUCUAUGUUACCAUAGCGCGCGUCUCCAACUUUUACUUCAAUGUGUGUAACCAUGUUCAGACAUGGUGCUCUGUUUGUGUUUGUGAGGACACGUCUCUAAUGGCGAUCCGGAUAGAGGAGGGUUAUACUUCUUGGUCGAUAUCUUGUAAAUAUUUUUACUCGCACAUUUUUAAUUCUUUGAAUUUUGGAGGGGCGUGGUAUGUUUUUAUAGACAAUCUAUAAUUGAGAAAUGUGAUUUAUGUUUAAACUAAUUAAGUUUAUUUUACUAAAUGAGAUGACAUCUUCACGUGUAUUUAUAUAUGAAUGUGAAAUAAGAUAUAUUUAUUAAUUUACUAUUAAUGCUUCAAUAGUUUUAACUAUAAAUUUAAUUUAGGAGGCAUUGUUGUAAUACCUACAUGUUUUUGAAUAGGUAUGUAAUGAAGGAUUAUUUCAAAAUAACAGUGGAAUUCUAGCUUUGAAUUUAAGGUAUAUAUAGGAUAGCAAUAAUGUUUUCAAUUGUAGUUUUGUAGUUAAUGGACUGUUUUUGUAAGGCCAUUCUAAUUUAUUAUAUUAAAUUAAGUUUUCACCUUCUCGACUUAUGUCCGCUUUAAUAAAUACCCUGUCCUCUAACCUAUAGGAAAAAAAGUACGUAUGUCCUCUAUUGACAGUUUCUAAGUCCUUCCACUACCUUGUCCUCUCUUUUAAUGAGUGUUUAUUGAAUUUGUAGAUUAUAUAUAUUUUUUUGUUAUAUUAUAUUAUAAAUUAAUUGACAGUUAUUAUAUUUAAAAAUCGAACAGAACACGGAAUUAUUUUGAUGUGAAAUUAGCUAAAUUUAAAUUAUAUAAGUAAUUAAUUAUAUUAGAAUGGCUUUUACUUACAUUACAUUACAUAUAGGUAAUAAAUUACUCAGUAUGCCUUCAUUAGCAAUAUGUACAGCAAAUUAUGUAUGUUGUAUAUACAUUUAAAAUGUAAGUACAUAUAAAUGAGUAUAAUUAUAUGAAAGCGUGCCUUCUGAAACUGCCAGUUACUACUUAAUAUAUUAAUUAUAUUAAUAAUAAUAUUUUAUAAUUCAAUUAUUAUUAAUAGAGGAUAAAUUAUUAAAAAAAAAACACAUAUUUAUUGAUAGAUCUUUGUUCUAAUCUUACGGAGGAAACUCCAUAAGGUUACAAUAGUAAACUUAUUAGUAUAUAUAAUAUAUAUUUUUUAAUUAGUUUUUUUUUUAUUCAAUUUUUUUUAAUAUAUUAUUAUGAAUACGUAACUAUAUAUAGAUUUUAAAUUAUUCUCUAUUAAAAACAAUUGAAUUAGUUAUAUAUAUCUAAUAACAGUAUAUGUAGGUAAUAUAUAAUAUAAUAUAUAUUUUUGUAACAUAUUUUUUUUCACAGAAAAAUAUCUUUUUAAUGUAAAUACACUUGGAGGUUGUAAGUUUAUUUUCUAAAAGUUGUACUUAAUAAUUUUAAGUGGUGUCCUAUGUGUUUUUUUUUUAUCAUUUUCUUAUUUUUUUUUUCUUUCUCUUAAAUUCUACUUUAAAAAAAAUAUAUUAUUGAAAAUAGUUAUAGUUCUGUGAAAAAAAUUUUGUUACAAAAAUUAUAUAAAUAUAUCAAAAAGAUUUUUGAUAGAAAACCGCUUCUAUUUUAGACUAGUGGAGUCGACUAAACCAUUAGUUGCCAUAAUUACGAAUAAUAGUAGCGUAAUGUAUUUUGGUUGUUUGUAUCGGUAACUCAUUUGCAUUUACCAAAAAUUUUUUUUUUAAUAAAAAAUUGUUUUUUUUUUAUUAAUUUAAUUUAAA